UCGACUCCUCGUCAUAAUCGCUUUUUAUUUGAAAAAAUUCUGACUAGGCCAGAUAGCUAGAGGAUCUGCUGCAUCUCUGUCCUGUAUAGACAUCACUCUAACGUUUAGCAGCGGCGGGAGUGUGCCGAAGACGAAGGCUGUCGCACUUUUAAAUGGAUGAUUCGAACGAUGAAUUCGAACCGCUUUUUGAUUACAGUCGCAUUCAGCCAGUCGGCGUGAUUUGCCUCGACGAUGAUAACCUGGAUGAAUCACCGGUAGUUCGCCCUAAAAAGCGGAAACCUUUGGAUUCUAAGAAAGAAAAGAAAGACCAGGUUGAGAUUGCCAAAGAUGUUACUGUUAUUGAUUGUGAUGAUGACGAAGAAGAGGAUUGGUUGCCACCACCUCCAAAAAAAUUGGAUAGUUGCAUUAAUUUUGAGGAGGAUUCGACUUUGAAGGCCUUGAGGUUAAAAAGGCAAGAACUGGCAUCUUUUGCACAAUCAACCGAUGAAGUGAUUAGAGCUGUUGAAGAAUCUGAAAGAAAGGACUUUAGUGCUUCAUUGCAGUCUUCUCCCAAAAGUAUUGCCAAGCAACCAGCUCCCGAGAGGGAAAAACUCGUUAUAUCCAUUCAAGACAAGAGUGGGCAUAAGCAGUUUCGGGUUUUCAUGGAUGACACAUUCGAGCGGCUGUUCAAGUUGUACGCAGAGAGAAUGACGCUGGACAUGAAUAAUCUAGUUUUUUCCUUCGAUGGGGAUAAAAUCAGUCCAUCGGCGACUCCUGCUAGCCUAGAAAUGGAGGAUAACGACAUCAUUGAAGUGCAUGUGAAGGCAAGUUGAUCCAGGUAAUAACAUGUUUCUGGACAUCAUCUAACUGCAAGUAGCCCUAUGUUCUUCAAUACCUCCAGAGGACAAUACAUACAUACAGUUCUUGAGCUUUAUGGAUGAACUUUAAUGAGAUUACAUUUGAUACAUUUUUGGUCAUUUCUGUCCAGCAAAUGUAAAUCAUGAGAAAUCUCUUCUCUUAUGCUUUGUUGGGGUUUCAAAAUAAAAUAUAUAUGUAUAUUUGUUUAUUUAUUUCAGAA